AUGAGCGGGCUGCGGCGGCUGUUCCGCGGCAGCGGCCGGGCCCUGGCCCUCGUGUUCGCCGCCUCGGUGGCCUGGCUGCUGCUCGACAUGGCCGCGCUCCGCCUCUCGCUCGGCGAGGCGGGCGGGCGGCUGCUGCGGGAGGCGGCGGGGCUGGCACCGGGGCCGGGGCCGGGGUUGCGGCCGGGGUUGGGGUUGGGGCGGCCCCGGCGAGGCCCCGAGGCUCCAGCGGGGGAUGCGGGGGCAGCCCCGGCCCCGGCGGCAUCGCCGCCCCCCCGGCAGCGGCCCGGGCCCGGCGGGACGGGCGCGGAGCUCCUCGGAGCCCACGGGAGCGAGCAGCGCCCCUCCGGCACCGCGGCACCGAGCGGCCGGGCAGCCCAGCCCGGAGCGCAGGAAACAAACACGGGACGGGAGGAAACUCCCUCCAAAACUCGCUUCAUCCUCAUCAGCAAAGACGGGAUGGACCUCGCCGGCCCCGCAGCCCCGCGCCGUGGGCCCCACUCUGCGGGAAACGCCACAAGGAGACGUGGAAAGCACAAGGAACUUGCUGACAAGAGCAGGGAUGGUGCCCACGCCGCCACUGCCACUGCUGCGGCCACCGACAUGGGUGGCAGGAGCCGGACGCUGGGUGCGACACCAAGAGCAGCUCCUGGAGGAGCGGGCACUGGCCAGGAUGGGCAGGAGAGAGGGGCAGCAGCUCCUGGAGGAGCGGGCAGUGACAAGGAUGGGCAGGAGCGAGGGGCAGCAGCUCCUGGAGGAGCGGGCACUGACAAGGAUGGGCAGGAGAGAGGGGCAGCAGCUCCCGGAGGAGCGGGCACUGGCCAGGAUGGGCAGGAGAGAGGGGCAGCAGCUCCUGGAGGAGCGGGCACUGGCCAGGAUGGGCAGGAGAGAGCAGGGAGCAGCCCAGGGAUGCACAAAGUCCUGUCCAUGGAUGCAACGCUCGCCCCGAGAGACCCCCGAGCUCCUGGCCAGUUUGGACACCCUGUUGCUGUCCCUGAUGAUAAACAAGAAGAAGCAAAAAGCAGAUGGAAAGAAGGAAACUUUAAUGUCUACCUCAGCGACCUGAUCCCUGUGGAUCGAGCCAUCGCAGACACCAGGCCUGCCGGGUGCUCAGAGCAGCAGGUCCACGACGACCUCCCCACCACCAGCAUCAUCAUGUGCUUCGUGGAUGAGGUGUGGUCCACCCUCCUGCGCUCCGUGCACAGCGUCCUCAGCCGCUCUCCUCCUCACCUGAUCGAGGAGAUCAUUCUGGUGGAUGACUUCAGCACUAAAGAGUACCUGCGGGAGCAGCUGGACACCUACAUGUCGCGGUUCCCGAAGGUGAGGAUCCUGCGCCUCAGGGAGAGGCACGGGCUGAUCCGGGCCAGGCUGGCGGGAGCCGAGAUCGCCAAAGGCGCUGUCCUGACGUUCCUGGACUCGCACGUGGAGUGCAACGUGGGCUGGCUGGAGCCGCUGCUGGACAGGGUCCGCCUGCGCCGGACCAAGGUGGCCUGCCCCGUCAUCGAGGUCAUCAGCGACAAGGACAUGAGUUACAUGACCGUGGACAACUUCCAGCGUGGGAUUUUCACUUGGCCGAUGAAUUUUGGAUGGAGGCAGAUUCCACAAGAGGUCAUAGAGAAAAAUAAAAUCAAGGAGACUGAUAUUAUAAGGUGCCCCGUCAUGGCAGGUGGCCUGUUCUCCAUCCACAAGCAGUACUUCUUUGAGCUGGGAAUGUACGACCCGGGACUGGAUGUCUGGGGAGGGGAAAAUAUGGAGAUUUCAUUCAAGGUCUGGAUGUGCGGAGGAGAGAUCGAGAUCGUUCCGUGCUCCCGGGUGGGGCACAUUUUCAGGAAUGACAAUCCUUACUCCUUCCCUAAAGACCGGGUGAGGACGGUGGAGCGGAACCUGGCCCGCGUGGCAGAGGUGUGGCUGGACGAGUACAAGGAGCUGUUCUACGGCCAUGCCUACCACCUGCUCCUGGGCAACGUGGAUGUCGGAGACCUGAGCCAGCAAAUCCAGCUGCGCAAGAAGCUCCGCUGCAAAAGCUUCCGCUGGUACCUGGAGAACGUCUACCCGGACCUGGAAGCUCCCCUGGUUAAAGCCAGCGGGCUGCUCGUUAACGCGGCCCUGGCAGGGUGCAUCGCUGUGGAAGGCACCGGCCUGGCUUUUGAGGAGUGUGAUGUUAACAACACGAACCAGAAGUUCAACUACACCUGGCUGAGGCUGAUCCAGCACGGAGAGCUCUGCCUUGCCCCGUCUGGCGUCGUGGGAGCCGUGGGCCUGCGCCGCUGCCAGCCCAGGAGCCGCAGCCUGGCCUGGCUCCACAAGUCACUGGCCACCGUGCAGCCGGGGCUGACCGACCACAUCAUCUCGGAGCACCAGCACCUCCCGCAGCCCUGCCUGGAAGUGGAUCCCUCGUACAGAGCCCUGCGGCUGAAGGCCUGUGACCCCACAAACCCCCACCAGAAGUGGCACUUUGGCAGGUACCACGCGGACUGAGGGCAGCCCAGCUGCUGUCCCCAUGCUGUCACCGUGGGCUCAGCGAGGACAUGGGUGUGGCUGAUGGCAGCCACCAAACGGGGAGUGCAUUUCCA